UUUCAUCUUACUUUUGCAGAGGAAGGUAGGAGCAGACAAGGUACCAGUGGGAGAAGUGUCCACCUCCUGUACAACGGGACAUUUUACGUUACAUUGGCAGUUCAACUCUACCUCCUUCUGACUCUCCACCAUGAAGAUCUGGUCUCUGGGAUUUUGCCUAAUGGCUCUGCUGACAUUAACAAAGGCUCAACCCACAGUUAGAGCUAAUUUAACCAUGAGUACCACUGAAGACAUGUCCUCGACCACCACUACAAGGGAAGUGACCAAAACCAUAACAACCGACAUCCCCCCGACCACUACAACCAGUCAUCCUGCAACAACUACGCCCCCACCCACCACUACAAGUGAAAAGACCACCACCACACAGACCACUACAACCAGUCAUCCUGCAACAACUACGCCCCCACCCACCACUACAAGUGAAAAGACCACCACUACACAGACCACUACAACCAGUCAUCCUGCAACAACUACGCCCCCACCCACCACUACAAGUGAAAAGACCACCACCACACCAACCACUACAACCAGUCAUCCUGCAACAACUACGCCCCCACCCACCACUACAAGUGAAAAGACCACCACUACACAGACCACUACAACCAGUCAUCCUGCAACAACUACGCCCCCACCCACCACUACAAGUGAAAAGACCACCACCACACCAACCACUACAACCAGUCAUCCUGCGACAACUACGCCCCCACCCACCACUACAAGUGAAAAGACCACCACCACACCAACCACUACAACCAGUCAUCCUGCGACAACUAGGCCCCCACCCACCACUACAAGUGAAAAGACCACCACCACAGAGACCACAACCACUGCAACCACAACAACACCCAGCGGAGGCUCAGGAGUCAAAGCUUCUCUGAUGUUGUCUCUUGUGCCACUGAUGCUCCACACGCUCUUCAAAGCUGCAAAUUUAGCCUAAAAUGACGGUAAAUGAAAUGUUUAAAUUACUUUGUGUUCAAAAACACAAAUGAAGUCUGACUAAAUACAUCCAAAAAAAGGAGUGAAAUAUUGAAUAAAAUCUACAAAAUAGCAUUUAUAACAUUUCCAGAUUAUUCUUAUGUCACUGUGUAACUCUCGCAUUGAAUUGAAUGAGAAAAUGCAUUUACACUUUUGACUUUUAGUGAAUAUUAUAAGCUUAAGGUUUCGUCGGCAGUUCUAUAGCAUCACAAUAACAUUUCAAAGAAGCCGACACUAGAGCUCUUAAUACCAGCAUCAAUGUCCAAGCCCGGUUAUAAUCAGCUGCUAUCAUCGCUAACGAGAUGUCUUGCUAGCGGCUAAACUUAGUGAAACCUCUUACUUUGUUUAUGACAAACCAGCAAGUCAACGUGACGUCACAGAUGUGAACCAGCGUGGAUUGCUGUUUUUAGCGCGAGUCAUUGGAUGCGUGGCGUGAGUGUGUGUGAAAAAGCUUGUGUGUGUGUCACAGGGGAAAGCGUGAGCGAUGGCAGCCUGUAGCUGUGUUUGUUGGCGUGACAACAACUUUCCUAACAGUUAAACAUCAAGCAAGUGCAACACAAGACAAAGCAAGACAGCAAAUAACUUACUGAAUAGUCCAACAGAAAUGUAACAUGCAAAAUAACCUACACUUUCACUCAUGUUGGCCUAUGUGAUCAUGAGGUCAGAAUGCACACAGAAAUGUACCUAAUAGUACACACUUGUUGCAAUUUUCAUUUUCAAUAAAGGGGUAAAUUGGCCUUUAAUUAUGUGUCCAUCUUUAAUGUACCCAACCCACAUAGCUUUACGUUUUUUUCCACCUCAAACACACCUGUAAAAUUAUGUAAUUCAUACUUAUAGAAAUAACUAUGUAGUCAUAUAGCUAGAUACGGACAAUAGGUCUACAUAGCUG